AUGAGGACUUACACUCGCAGUGACGGCGGCGCCACGGCGGCGGAGCGUUCAAUUAAAGACUUAGAAGACUCUGGUUGCCGGGAAGGGUGCCUCUGGCGUUUGUUCCGAAGGGGUGGCGAUGAAGGGGAGGGCGAGGGAAAGGCUACGCAUGCUCAUCUGGGAGAGGAGAACCAGUUUUACUACAACAAAGAACUGAAAAGAUGGCUAAUUCGAGGCGAAGAACACCUUGCGCAGCAGCAGGACACCCCUCCCCCUCCCCCUGCUGCAGUUGCAACGGUAGGACGUCAACAGCCUGACAAUGCGUCGCCCCCAGUGGGUGGCAUUCGGCGAAUGAGGACCCGUGGCGCAGCGAGUCUCUAUACUGCCACUCCAGGGUUAUCCACGAAGAGCAGCGGCAGCAAGGAGUCCGCCAAACGGCCCCUAACCUUUGUGAUGCCUCCGUAUAGGAUGCCACGGCAGCUGGAUGACUCACAGCAGCAGCAUGUAGAGCGCACUGAACAAGGGCCCCUGCCCGUUGACAACAGGGUGCAUGAAGCAGCAGCAGACACAUCCGCUCAUGAAGGCGCAGUGGCUACGGGAAGUGAAUGCAAGGAAGGAUGUCGCGUUCGAGCUGCGUCUUCGGAGCCGCCGUUUAGUGAGGGUCCUGGUUGGACUGCGACACAGGUGCAGCAGCAGCAGCAUCAAGUAAGGCAGCAGCAGCAACCGGUACCACAGGGGGAGCCUUCAACUGAGAAGAUUGAGCCAAUCAAGCGAGCAAAUGCUUCAGCCCAGUGUUCCACCGGCGCCCCUUCCCCGCCGGAAGGUGAGGCAAGUGCACUGUCCUUCAGUGUAGGGCAGCAGCAGCGCGAAGAAGUGCAGCAGCUGUCCUUCCAAGUAAAUGGCGUGGAGCAGACUGUUGACGAACGGCAGCCAGGUUCAGAGGCAACGUUCGCGUCUGUUCAGCGCUCACGGAAACAGGAGCUGUCACAGGAGCAAGAAUUGCUGCAUGAGCAAGAGCAGGAGGGCCUGCUUCCAGCAGUAGGCAAGGAAGGCAAUGGGGUGGCAGCUUUGAUGCUUCAAGAUCAGGAACGGGAGUCCGCUGAAGGCCCUUGUGGCAGGCCGUCUAGCGGGCAGCACCCACUUCUUCAAGAGUCCGACGCAUCUGCUGCUGUUCUUCGUGAGCCUUGCAUGCAACCCGUAGAUGCUGCCCCUGCGACAGUGGCCCAGCAGACAGCUGAGGCAGCAGCCGAAUUCAAGUACGACGAAGCAAGUGGCCGCGCAAUCGAAGAUUCACUUGCCUCUGAGGUAGUUGCUGCCUUCCCCUUGCAGAAGCUGAACGGCAAAGGGGAGUUACUGACUCCAGAAGUAGGCGUAGUUGCUCCCUGGAGGGAACAGCCGGAGGAGCAGCCGGUGGAGCUGCAGCAGCAGCAGCCAGAGCAGCAGUGUAUCGACCAGCAGCUACACCAUGAAGCCUUGGCAUUGCCCGCCCCCGGCGGGUCUAGCAGCAGCUGCUGUAGCACAGGAGCCUCGCCGAAGUCUGAAGGCCACCCGCGCAACGAAGCAGAUGGCCGAGCCAGUAUGCUCUCCAGGAACAGCCAGAGGCCAUCUCCACACGGUGCUACAGCAACAUCUGUUGCUGGCGUAGCUACUACUGCUGAUCCUGGUGCUACUGUUCCCGUUCCUACUGAUGCAGGUGAAGAGCAGAUUCACAGAUCCGCCUCGCUACAGACGGACGAGGCGUCAGAGAGGUCCAACUCCCACCCUCCGCCGUCGGAAAUUUGGGGCCCUUCGGUAUCUCCCGCAGCAUCUCUUCAGCAGGAAGAGAGGCUGCUGCUGGAGCAGCACGAGGUGCAACAGCAUUGCCAUUUGCCGCAGCACGCUGAACAGCAACGCCAUCAAGCGCAGCAGCUGAACCAAGGUCUGUUUAUGGAAGACAUCCUACCUGGAUUUGCACGGGCAGUGCAGGAUCUGGAGAAGAGCAGCGCAGAGACACUGAGGCAGUUGGCUGCACUGCAGCAGCAGGUGGGGGUGCUGCGUUCUCGGAAUGCCUGUCUCACAGCAAGAAUACAACAGGUGACAGAACAGCUUCUGAGCGGCGAGGGUCCCUUGGUGGAGCGCCAGCGGGCAGCAGAGCUUCUACAGGAAGCCCUUGGAGCUGCUACUGCCGAGUUCCCAUCUCCUAUAGGCGACGAUUCGGAGCCACAACCCUCGCCGACAUGCAGUGCGGUCUCCGAUGCAGAGGCGGCUUUAGAAGAGGCCCAGGUGACGUGGCAUGUGGGUGGCUUGUGUGUUUCCAACAGAUGUCGCUCUCUAGACCCAGAUUCGUUGGUGCUUGCGCCGCUACCGGUGGCAUGUUGUGUGCAGCUGACGCAUAUGUUAGUGGAGCAGAUGGAACGAAACAGACAGUUGCAAGAGGAAGACAUGCACUUCGACGCGGAUGUUGUACAGUUCAUCACGCAGCUGCAGCAGCAGCAUGGAUCUCUCGAACCGUUCCUGCAGCAGCAGCUGCUGCUGCAGGAAGCACAUAUGGAACAACAGGAGAGUCUGACAAACCUGAAGCGCAUGCACGAUGACCUCAGCAGGCGAAUGGAAGAGAGCUGUGCACGGGCGGCAGACCUGGAGGGACAGUUGGCGUCGGCUCUUGAGAAGCGGCAACACACGCUGCAGGAGCUAGACAAUACUCAGCAGGAGCUGCACCGCAGCAAGGCACUGCUCCAGCAGGCGCAACAGCAACAUGAGCUGCGGGCUAAAGAAUUGCUCUAUCAGUCACAAGUACGGGAGGAGGAGCUCGUGGCUUCAAAGGAGCAACUAGGAAACCUACAUAAGGAAACGGAACAACAGAAGGCGCUUCUGGCUGAUCUGCAGGAGAAGCUAGCGGUUAUGUCUGAGCGAGAAGCAGCUGCCACUACCGCCAAAGCAGCAGCUGAAGCCGCACAGGAGGCGGCGGAGAGCGAGGUUGCACGCAGAGUGCUUGCGAACGAGCAGCUGCAGCAGGAGCUGCAACAUCAACAACAAGAGCAACGGAAGCAGGUGGAGGUCGCCCUAAAGGAGAGGCAAGAUGCAUUGGAGAGGGUUUCCAGCAUGCAACAGCAGCAGCGCGAGAUGGCUUUGGAACAUCGCCAGCGCGAAGAAGGUCUUGAAAGGCAGUUGCUGGCUCGAGAGUUCAUGGUGGAACAGCUACAGAGGGAGGUGAACGAGAAAGUGGUAAGUCACCGGCAAGAGCAGGAGCAACACAAAGCUGAACUGGAACAGUUGAGGCAGCAACACUCAGUGGAACUGCAGAAGCUUGCUGAGGAACACGCUGUACUGCUCAAGCAGCAAGAAGAGCAGAACCAGAAGCAGAUGGAGGAGAAACAGCGCAUCAGAGCUGCAUGCCACGAUGAAGUGGAGCGAGCGCAACAGCAGGUGGAUGCAUUGCAGCAACAACUAGCUCAGCAGGAGGAACAGCACGAACUUAUGACACAGAGACAGCAGGAGGAUUCGGAGCAGUUCCACCGCAGGCUGGAGCAGCAGGAGCGUGCGGCAAGUGAACAGCUACAGCAGCUGCAGCGGCAGGCAGAAGAAACGCGCCUGCUACUGGAACAAAAGGAAGUGCAGUGGGAACUCACGCUACGUAAGAAGGUGGAGGAAGUCGAAGCUGCUGCUGAGCUUCGGGUAGAGUCCCUCAAGAAGGAGUUACGUGAUGCUACGUCUGCACUUGAGGCUGAAAGGACGACUCUAGAGCAGCAGGUGGAACAGCACGAGGCUUUAAGAAAGCAACACGAAAGCCUGCAGCAAGGCUACGACAACGGUCAGCAGCAGGCAGCUAGGGAAAGGAGUGAGCUGGAAGAACGGAUAGCGACUCUGGAGGCGCAGUUGCAGACACAACAGGAAUUGCUCCAGGCAGCACGUGAGGAGCUGCUUCAACAGCCGAUUUUGCUGCAACAGAAGCACGAGGAGGACCUAAAGCAGCAAUUGGCAGCUUUGCAACAGGUAGAACUGGAAGAACGUGGAAGGCUACAGGAGGAACGUGACCAGCUGUUGCAGCAGCAGCAGGAGGAACACGCGUUGCUGAUGCAGCAGUUACGGGAGCAGCACGCUCUGGAGCAGCAACAAUUGCAGAAACGCAUGCAGCAGGAGCAGCAAGAGCAGCAGGAGGUCCUCCGCAGUCAUUUUGAGCAGCUCUGGAACGAAGAGAGCGCGAAAAUGGUUGCAGCAAAUGCUGCUGUGGUUGAUCAACUUAAUCAGGCACAGCAACUACUGCUGAAGGAGCAACAGCAAUUAGAGGAGUAUGAGAACCAACGGGACGCCCUUGAAAGAGAGCGAGAGGAGGUAGCUGUUAUGAAGACACAGCUUUUGGCAGCUAAUGCGGAUGUGCAAAAACUGGAACAGCGUUGUGAAGCCCUAGAACGCCAGCGAGACGAGGUUCUGCAACAGCGGAGCACGCCGGAAGCUGAAGUGCAGGCGGCGAUGGAGGAGGAGAUAUCUCAUUUGCGACGAGAUGUGCUAGCGAAGGAACGGUUAGCAAGGCAAUUGCAGCAACAGCUGGAUGAACAUGUGGCCAGUCAGAGAGAUAGGCUAGGAGAGGUUAAUGCGAUGUUGGAGCGGCAGGAGGAAGCCAGCAAGCAGAAGGACCUGCGACUGCGAAGUGUGGAAGAGGAACUCCAAGCCCUCCAGCAGCUGCUUCAGGACACUGUGGAUGUGAAGCAGCUCGAGGCAGCGCGCGCUGAGGUAGCAGAAGGCAAUCGGAGGGUGCAAAAGCUGGAAGCCGACUUAGCAGCUGCCAUCGCCGAACAGGAAUCAUUGAAAGAGGCCCUUCACAUGGCAGAGGAGAAGCUCAAGAAUGUCUGUUUAAGGACCGAAACUGGGACAGCAACAGAGACCUUGAGCCGCCACCCAGAGAUGAGAGAAGCUAGCAUUCAGGCUGUCGGAGACGACGCUUCUGGGGUUGGUUCACUCAUCUUGGAGAAUCUGGAGCGACAGGCCAAACGAGCGCAUCAGAAAAACGAGGAACUGGCUGUUCGGAAUGCAACUCUGACGCGGAUCAGCGAUUUCCUCUCCAGGCGGCUGCAGUUUUUCGAGAGAGCUUUGGCGGAUAUGGGCCCGCACGGCUUGGUUGUUAUCGAAGAUUGCGACAGAAGUGUUGUACUUGCCCCACCAGAAAUUGAGUCUUCACUAUCGGAUCCACCCGUCCCAGAGUUGCUGAUAAGGGAUGAGGAACAUGGAGACUCAUUAGCAGCACCCACCACCAAGGAGACUGCCGGUCCGCCGCUCCCUGCGCCACGGUGUAGUGGGGAUGAGGCGAUGACGUGCAGGUUCAUUGCCCAAUGGAACACGGCAGCUUCUAAGGCAGGAUGCUUUGUGUGCUUGUUUAUCGUGGGUUGCGGAUUGCUUUGCAACGAUGGGCCCUUGCUUUGCCCUGGUGCCAAUACUCGGCUGCUGGUUGGGCUGCUUCCUGAUAUUAUACGUUAG